AUGAAGCGUACACUGUCGAAGGAGCAGCUGGCCGAUCUCGCCCAACAGGCUGUAAGUAGCAUACGACGCUUUAUGUCAUCUAGUCAAGACAUCAUGACCGUUAGACAGCAGGAUCUUCUUUCUACGGCUAAGUCCAUUGAAGAGUGCUGGCAAAAAAAGCGGUUAGCUGCUGAUGUGAGCGUAGUAGAGAUGUGGGUGACAGGCUUCCAAGAGGAGCUUGCUUUUCAGUUGGAGUUCUACGGCAACAAUAAUAGCACUGGGAAGAGUAAGAGUAAUAGUAAUAAUAAUGGUAAUAAUAAUAAUAAUAGUAAUAAUGGUAAUGGUAAUAGUAAUAAUAAUGGUAAUAGUAAUGGUCACCCGUCAGGUAACGGUGCUCCUUCAGGACAUUCUUCUGGAGAUGGGAGUUCACAGAAAAAAACUCCAGCACGUAAAUGCAUUGGAGAAUCAGCGAUGUUGACAUGUACAGAAGUGCUGAAGAUUCUUAUGCGGACCAACGGGGAAAAAUCAGUAGAAAUAUUUAUUCGACUUCAUUUGGGAACCUAUAUGACGAGGUAUCUUAUGUGUGUUCCCUUAAGUAAGAAGGUGCGAGAGGCUUUUGCUGCGGUUUUACCAGAAAUAAUAGGAUAUAAUGAGUUAAUGCUUGAAGAAUGCCUCUCUGUGAGUCGUGGACUUCUUAUACCUCAAGAGAGAGGAGGAGAGAUAACAAUGGUGACUCCAGAGCAAGUACACUGGGCAUGUCUUCUUGCCACGAUAUUUCGUCGAGUAGAUGUGAAUAAUGUUCCUGUAGAUAAUGCACGUGUUCAGUGUGGACGUAGUGGAUUCCUUUCGGAUCUUAUUAACACCUGCACGAAACUUGCCCAUAAAGAAGAAGAAGAAGGAGGGGGAGGGGGAAGUGGUAGUUGUGAAAAAUUAGGUGAUGGCGUACAAAUUACAGCAUUUAUUGUGUACUUUGGUUUAAUAACAGCUAUGAUGCGGGGAUGUGCGGCAAACAAAACAUUAUGUCGUAGUGAACAUCUUGAGGAAUUGACAGCACUGUGGGUAAAGGCAGCUUCAAAUGUAUGGAGAGUUGAGCAAACUAUAUCUAUUCCCACACCUACCGCUGGGACAGAUGUGAUUAUAACCGUAGAUGGGGCACAGAUUUGGGCCUCAGACUUGGUAGAGUUUCUUGUAGAGAUUGCUACAAAUGAUAGUUUCUCACUUAGACGUCAGACAUUAUAUGAAGAUAGCGUAAAUAAUGGUGUUUCCUCGAGUGUAUUAAAUGCAAAUAGUUCUCCACCACCUACACCUUCACCGUUAUCAUCACCAGGAUUAAGUCGUACAAGUAGACGGUAUGAACCAUUACCUCUUCAUUGGGAUACUAUAUUAAUGGGAGGAUCUGCUCAUGUUUGGCAAUUAGCAUCUUUUGUUUUUAAUUGUGUUAUUUCUGAUGAUAGUUGUAGUUUUAUUGCAAAAGCUUUACUCUGUAUUGAUACUCAAAAUACUAUGUCAGAGUUUAUUUUUCGUAGUGUUAUUUCAACAUUAAUGCUACUCUGUACGGCAAGACCUCAAAAUGCUGAAGUUCUUGCAAAAAGUUCAAUCUUAAAAGCACUUAUAGCACGAAUUACUUUUCCUCAGGAAAGCGUUUUCCCCCGAGAAGUAGUUAUAUCUGGUAAAACCUAUACAGCUACUCAUGCCAUGAAUGCAUAUACGGUACGAUUAUUAUUUUCUUUUAUAAGCCUCAUGUCAUCACUUUAUGUUUCGGAAGAUACAUUACCAAUGCUUCAAUAUGGCUUAAAAGAAAUGUCUUUACGACAGACUACUCAAACAGAUGCAGAUAUUAUUGAAACUCUUUUACAUGUUAUUAGUUGUACAGGUUUUCCACAUGGUGUGUUAUUUUUCUCUGGAGGUAGCAGUGUGGUUUGCAAGGUAGAUCGUUUUCCUCCUACCCGAUUUUAUGGUUAUAGUUUUGCUGCCUGGGUUUAUCCAAAAUGUGUUUGGUUAGAAGGGAGUCAUUUAUUUUCCUAUACAGAUGCCUGUUCUGGUAGUGCGGUUGUAUUGAUGAUAGUCGCUAAUGGUAGAACGUGUAGUUUAUUAUUUCAGAUACGGAAUUCAACAGAAGUCACUUUAUCGUUGGUUCCAGAUACAUCUUUUCAGGCAGAUACUUGGACACAUCUGGCAUUUACUCAUAGUAUGACUGGAUUUACAAUAUUUAUUAAUGGAAGACGAACAGAAAAUAGUCUUACCGUUCCCUAUCCUAAAUCUCCUUCAAGAAAAGACCGUCUUCAAUUUGCAUUUGGAGGUUGUUGUAAUGAACCAUCAUUUUUCGGUUUUGUGGCAAGUAUUGAAUUGUUUGAAAACACUUUAUCGGAUAAAGAUAUCCAACGUUUAUAUCAAGCAGGACCACGACCCUCACGGGAUGUCACUUCCUCAUACCAUCCACUUCUUAGUGUGGAGAGUCAAGCCGUCGCUGGUACCAAACUUCUCAAUGUAGGGGUUACAGGAACAUUAGCACGCAAACAUGAGGGAGUUUCCGUACAAAGUGUAGUUGCAUUUAAUCCACCGAAAGAACGGGAAAUAUUUAUGCGUGAAGAUGUUGUGCGUUGGACUCUCCGUACACUUGUAGAGGCAAAGAACUCACCACUCACAUUUCCAAUAGUUGCCAGACUCUGUGUACAGUUUAUCUGUACCGCUAUGAAGCUAACCACCACAGAGGAGGAGUUGAAUCAAAUGGUGGAUGAACAUGCCAUUGCCCACCUGAGAGAGGCUGUACUUGCAUGGGAAAAUAUACCAAUUGAGGUGCCGGCGGUGCUCAUUGCUUGUGCCAUUCCACGCAAUGGCGGUAAAGUAAUGCGUACACAUCCUACCACUCAGACAAUUCUAUCACUUCUCUUGGAUGUAAUUGGUGAACGGGGAAUAAUGAGUUCUACAGUAAUUUCCUGUAUAUUGCGUGAACUUAGCGAUACACUACAAAUACCAGAGAAUGUUAUCCUCUUUAGAGGAGUACCAGGUAGAUUUGAACAGAUAUUGCGAAUUAGUGAACAACUUCCAUUAGAAUGUAUUGAUGGUCUUAUUAUUCUUGUAGAACGACUCUGCAAGGAACCACGUGAAAUGGAGCAAACACUACAGUUUCUCUUAUCUGAACCCAAUUCUAAAACAGUUGAUUUUGUGAAGGCAGGUUUAUUACAUAUGUUAUUUGAUAUUGCCCGAACCAAUACGGCUAUGUGUGACCUUAUAGGUGGAGCUUUUGGAAAUUGUGGAGUUUCUUUUCUAAUUCGACUUGUUGGAGGGAAAAAUCAUAGUAGUGAGGUUAUUCGUAUAUUUGCUCUUCGUAUUAUAUCUCUUAUGCAACAUACAAACAAAAAAUUUCGAGAAUUAUUUAUUAAAUCUUACGGUUAUGAAGUACUUGCAGAAGUGAUGACAUCUCCAUCUUCUUCAUCCGUUCCUAUACGCCUACCAACAUUUGAUUGUUUAUUUCAAAUGGUUUUUGAUGCAUUUCAACCGAGUACAGAAGAUACGGCUGUCUUAUCACAUCUACAACAGGGAUGUUCAAGUAAGGUUAAACGGCGUCUAUCAAAAAAUCAAGAACAAACGACACUAUCUAAAGGAAGAUUGGGACAAACACUUGGAUUACAAGGGUAUUUACCAGGAUUAGUCUCUCAGAAAUUACGAGUAACACGACGUGAAUACAGUUUUGAUUUUUCUCUUGACUUUACAUACAGUACAGAUACAAGACUCUACUUGGAUGAUGCUCAUCGAUGUAUCCGACAACAGGGAAGCGGUGUGUGUGCACUUCAGGUACCACAGGCCAUUCACACUGUGUUGUGUCUGUUGGAACGUUUACUGCGUGGAAUGAGUGUUGGUGUUGGGGGUAAUGUCUCUGGGGGAUCCAAUUCUCGUGAUGCUGUUAUUUCACGUGAAAGUAGUACAGAUGCGAAUACAGGACCAUCAGAAGAUCGUUUUGUAAAUAAUAUGGGUGAUAAUCUUAGUACGGCUUCUGCUGUUUCUCCUACACAAGAAGAUUCCCCAGAGUCUGUUUCCAUUCGUGUUCUCAAUCAUUUGGAAAAGAUUGUGGAUCGUCCUGAGAAUGGUAUGAUGUUAUUACCCUUUCCUUGGUUAAAUUGGUUAUGGUAUGCCGUAAGGGAUGUGUUUACCCCAGCAAGUAACAGUGGUGUGGAUUUACCACCAAAGUUUCCAAAGAAACAUGCUAGUGGAAUUCAACAACGAACACGAAAUAUCAUUCGUAGUUUAGCUAUUCUUGAUAUAAGCCAUAAUUCUAAAGCUAAUAUUGUGCGUAUUAUACGACAGACAGAGCAAUCACCUCUUUUAACAAGAAUUGUUCUCGAAGAAAUUGUUUACUUCUUUACGAAGAAUCGAUGUGUAAUAAGCAAUCAAAGUGAUGCUGUGAAUAUUAUCAAGAAUUUGGAUUCCCUCUUUCAUAAUAUUGAGGAUGUAUUAAAUCCUCUUCCGCUUGCUUUAGGUUUAGAAAUUGUAAAUUCUAUUAGUGCUAUUGCUGUUAACAACAAUUCAUGGGUACGUAUGCGUAUGAAAAAUUCAAGCCAUCUCUUUGAAACACGUAAACACUUAAGUUUUCUUUUAUUGUCAACAAUAGAAGGUUUUCAUAAAUUGGAACUUGGUACUAUUGGACAAUUAUUAGAAACUAAUGGACAUGAUGCAAAUACGGUACGCCUUAUUUUUCGUAGGUUCGUAGAUGCCAUCUCUAAUUGCGACGCGGAUGAAGUAGAGACAUUACUUACCAUGACCCGUCAACUUGUGAAUGGUGAUUACAAUCAUUACCAAGUAUUAUUAUCCAUGGUGGGUAAUGAGUAUCGGGGCUUUGUGGACCUCUGCCUCCGUUGGACCUCACGCAGCACCUCCUCUCCGUUGGCCACAGAUCGGCCCGCGAGCAAUCCCAGCGAUCUCUCCGCCCGCACAGAAGAAAAGACGAAUGUGGAUGAGCCGCUCGUCUCGGAGGUGAUCCAGUGGGGCCGCGAGGACCACACGCGGUGGGAGUCCCUCAAGCAGCGGGUCUGCGCAGCGACGAGGUCCACAGAAGUCGUGCAGGAGGGGCCGGAGCGGAAUGAACGGGAGCGGAGUGUCCUCGCGAAGGUGCGGCGGGCGGAGGAGAGAAGACAAGCCAUUCAGAAUAAAAUAGCCGCAGAGGUGGAGCGCAUUAGUAGAGAAGUGGAUCUGCAUCUCGCCACAGGGGCGGGAGCGAUGGGGAGCAGUUGCAGUACUACGUUGAGCAAUAAUGUGAAGAUCACAGCAACAGACUCGUUGACAGUGUCAACAAUGGAAACGGUAAGAUCACUGACAAGUUGA